AGGAUGCAGCCCAGAAACUGUCCCGCCUCAACGCAGAGUUGCAGCAGCACUUGACGAACGAAGAUUGGUCGAGUGCUUUGCACCUUUGGAGACAGCUCCAUGACGAGACGUGGCCGGACACCGCGAUGGCUGGGAAGCUGGCGAUGGCAUGUGCAAAGACAGGGCAGUGGCAGCAGCCAUCCAUCACUCGCACCUGUGCCGAGAGCAAGCAAUGGGAGCGUACCCUGGAGAUGUUGCAGAAGAUGAAUCAAAGGGCCCUGCAGGCAGAUCCCCAGACCUACCACGCCGUGGUUAUGGCCUGCGCGGGCGCGGGACGCUUUGAAGAGGCGGAGAAGGUGUUUCAAGACAUGAAACGUCAGGGCCUCGAGCCGAGAUGGGCUACAGGAAGCUCCGGCCCCGACGUUCAUUCGGUGAACUUCACCCUGGCGGCCUACGAGGAGUCGAGCAAAGCUGGAGAGUGGCAACGCGCUCUGCGAGUCUUUGACGAAAUGGAGGGAAAGAUCACUCCCAACGCUCAGACGUACCGCUUGCUGAUGUCCAUUUGCACUUCUGCGGGCCAGUGGCAGCAAGCCUUGCGCGUUUUGAGGAGGAGCCCUUCUGUGCCGGUUCCCCGCGAGUUGAAGCGGGAGCAGUUGAGGGCGCUGGAUGCAGGUCGGCAGCCGAAGGCAUUGGAAAUCUGGGAGGAGUUAUCUAGUUGCCAAGCGGAUCCCAUGGUGAGCAGUUGCGGCGCCAGCAGCCUGCAACGUGCCGGGCGCUGGCAAGAGGCGCUGCGAAUCUUGCAGCGACUGCAGAAACCUUGGGAUGCCACUGCCCUCAGCACUGCUGCCAGUUGCCAUGCGCAGAAGGAGGAAUGGUCCCAGACCCGGCAAGUCCUGCAAGAGAUGACUCGUCGCAAGCUAACUUUGGAUGACAGGGCGCUCCGAGCCGGGAUAGAGGCAUCAACAGCUACGCUGGAUUGGCAAGAGUCCUUGAAACUCUUGGAGCAGAUGGAGGACGAAGAUGCGGAAGCGAUGGGUCGUGUCAUGACAACUCUGUCAACCUGUCAGCAGUGGGCACAGGCCCUAGAUCUAUGCCGCAAAAAGCAGCAGCAGGGGGUGCUGAUCGAUGUGGCAACGAGUCGCACAGUGGCGCAGCUGCUUGGGGUGCAUGGCCAGUGGCAGCCGCUGCAGGAGAUCUUUGGGAAUCUGGAACGGCGCCAAGCACUGGGCGGCUGGUGGAAUGCCAAGGUCCUGGACGAGCAACGGCAGCAGAGGACUGAGGAGCUCAGUGCGGCCAUUUGCUCAGCGCGGUGGCAAGAUGCAUUGAGCCUAUGGCAAGAAAUGAAAUCCGAGAGGCUGGAGCCUCAGCCGCGGGUCUUUGCUCCCUUGCUGACAGCCAGUUGUGCAUCCUCCUGGCAAGAUGCCUUGCAGAUGCUGGAGGAGGUGAAGCAGCGAGGCCACGUGCCCAGCAACGAGGCCCUGAGUGGCGUGGUGAUCCGCUGCGCGGCGGCACGGCAGUGGCAGGAAGCCUUGCAGUUGCUGCGGCAGCUGCGGGGAAAGGGCUCGGCUGCGGCCUAUGCAGCGCUCAUCAACGCCCUGCCGAAGGAUCAACCGCAGCUGGUGGCGGAGGUCUUUGCAGAGAUGAAAUCCAGGCCCAGUUGGGCCAUGGCACGCCCAGAGUCUGGCACUGAAGCCGCAGAACAUGCCGCUUCCUGUGCUGGAUCCGCGGAAGUUGAACAGGUCGCAAGAAUGGAUCCAGAACGCCGAUGAGAUCAUUGGGGAUGUGACGGAUCGGCUUGGAUUCUCCAUUGGAUCAAGCACAGUGCGAUGGUCGACUGUCGAAGCUGACCGACUGAGCGACUGGCGAAGUGGUGAUGAGUUGGAAAGCUGACCUCUGGCAGAGUUGCUUUCAAACAGUUUUUUUUUUCCUAUGGCGCCGGGAUGGUGAUCUCGCACAACUUCUGUCAGGCUUGCAACCAGGAAGGCAAACUUCUCACAGGAAACCAACCCAGCUGCACUGAAGGCCCUGGUCUACAUGGGCUGUAGAAGAAGGGGACACGCAUGACUACUGACCUUUGCGGAGAAGCAGAUGUCAAGAUCAGAAGGGCCAGCACUGGUGAAGCUCAUUAAGAUUGGGACACUGAACCCUUGGCAACAUCCCAAGAUCUCCCGAUCUGAAUCCUUGGGGCCCAAAGACCGGCCUGUGUCAGCUCUGUCUCUGCGGAAGGAUGAUUGGAACAUGUGCGAUUUCAAGCACCAGCAGUAUGAGGGAGAUCAUCUUGGAAAACCUGAUAUAUAGAUUGCC